AUGGUUUUAUUUCAAUCAAUUAAUAACUUUGCCAACCCUCAAGGUGGUACCGGAUUACCGGCAGCCAGAAGAAGAAGAUUGUUUAUUCCACCGUCAACAAAUUAUCCAUUAUUUAGCUAUGGAGAUGGUGAUGAUCAAAGAUCUUUCUUAUCAUUAAUCGAAACUGGAUCUUUUAUAACAGACAGAGAAGACGAUGUUAGUGAUGCAGCUAGUGUUAGUACAUCAAGAUCAUUACCUUCAUCUUUAAGCUCGGUGAAUACUGAUCAUGAAAGUUUGAGAAGCUGGCUUUUGGAAGAAAGAGAUAGACGAUAUGGUAGUAACGAUGAAGACAUUUUGGAUAGAUCUGAUUCUUUUAAUACUUCAGGUUCAGCAUUUUCUAAACGAGACGAUUUCACAAACUUGAAAACCACACCUAUUGAAGAAUUGAGAGUCAUAUUGAAAUAUUCAGUACCGUUGAUAAUCACUUUCGUUUUAGAGCAUUUUUUCAGUAUUGUAUGUCUUGUGGUUGUGGGACAUUUAGGUAAAGAUGAAUUAGCUGCCGUAUCCCUUGGUUCUAUGACAACCACUAUCACUUUCGCUAUAUUUGAAGGUAUUGCCACUGCAUUGGAUACUUUAUGUCCUCAAGCUUAUGGAGGUAAAAAUUAUGAGUUGGUAAGUAUUCAUGUGCAAAGAUGUUUUGUAUUUUCCAUGGUGGUUUAUAUCCCCUGUGCAUUAUUAUGGUGGUUUUCAUCAGUAUAUUUGAAGUAUAUCAUUGAAACAGAGGAAGUUUUGAAACUCACAGAAAGUUUUUUAAGAAUUUUAGUCCUCGGAGGUCCAGGAUAUAUAUUUUUUGAAAAUGCUAAAAGAUUCUUACAAGCACAAGGUAUUUUCGAAGCUGGUACUGGAAUUCUUUUCUUAAGUGCUCCUAUCAAUAUCUUUUUAUCGUGGUUUUUGGUAUGGCAUAAGACUUUCGGUAUGGGUUUCGUUGGAGCUCCAAUUGCAACUAUUAUAAAUUUCUAUUUCAUGGAUGUUCUUUUGAUUCUUUAUGUGUUAUUUAUUGACGGGAAGAAAUGUUGGUUUGGGUUAGCACAAUUAAGAGAAUUAUUUGAUCAUUGGUCGGAAUUAUCAACCUUAGCCAUCCCAGGAAUUGUCAUGUUAGAAAGUGAAUAUUUUGCUUACGAAAUAUUAACAUUAUUUGCAUCAUAUUACGGAACAGUCGAUUUAGCUGCUCAAAGUGCUGCUAGUUCCACUGCAUCUUUGACAUACAUGAUACCGUUUGCUAUAAGUAUUGCCUCAUCCACUAGAAUUGCUAAUUUUAUCGGUGGUUCAAAUGUUGAAGGGGCUAAAAUAUCAACUCAUAUGGGGAUUUUAGUGGGUUUAAUAUUCUCUACAUUGAAUUUCCUAUUUUUGUUUACUUUUAAAAGUUGGAUUGCUGAAUUAUUCUCGGAAGAUGAAACCGUUAAGGCUUUAAUAAUACAAUUAUUUAAUCCUUUGAUCUCAGUGAUACAAAUCUUUGAUGGAUUAGCUUGUAUUGCUAGUGGUAUUCUCAGAGCUCAAGGUUUACAGAAAAUAGGGGGUUAUAUCAAUUUUUUUGCUUAUUAUGCCUUUGCAAUCCCCUUAGCCUUGUUACUAAAUUAUUUCCUUGACUUGAAGUUAUUUGGUUUAUGGUUAGGAAUAGGUAGUGGGAUGUUGCUAAUUGGAAUAUCGGAACUUGCAGUCAUCGCUACUAGUAAUUGGGAUGAUAUUAUUUUCAAAGCAAGUUUAUUAAAUGAUCCAGAUUUUGCUGAUUUUGAUGAUUAA